AUGUCCUCUCUCCCGAAUGAUCGGAUGAUUCGCUGCAUACUCAAACGCUACGCCUCUACUGAAAUGGGAUCUGCCGCCCUUGGCGAUCAUUCGCUCUCAGAGCCUGUUUCGAAGUCUCAACAGCGGCUGCAACUCCGAGGCUGUGGAUAG